AGAGCCUUCAGCCUAAUGAGCGCCACGAUGAAACUGAAGCAAGGAUCGUUUCUGUGGUACCUCUAUCUGGACAAGCUGUACUGCCUGUUAUCCGUGAGGAACGUGAAGGCCUUGCUGGAGUAUUUUCACCUUCUUGACGUCCACCACAACAACACCUUGAAUGAUGUGCUGUUCUAUCACUUCCUUCACCACGUGACCAGCUGGAAGCGGACACAGAUCAUGACUGUGUUUAACAUGCUGGACUGGAACGCUAUGGGCGAGAUCGGCUUUGACCAGUUCUACAUGUUGGUCUGCAUCCUGCUAGCACAACAGAACCACUUGGAAGAGCAAUUUAUCUUCCGCCAUUCCCGGCCUGUCUUUGAGCUGCUUGACCUGGAGGGGGAGCUGAGAAUUGGUGCAGAGAACUUCCACAUGUACAACUUUCUCUUCAAUAUUAAGAAACAGGACCUCAGAGAGCUCUACCAUGACUUUGACAUCACAGGUGACCGUCGUCUUAAUUACAAGGAAUUUAAGCUGUUUACUAUCUUCACCAUGGACAAAUACCAGGAGAGGCAGAAAGCAGAGAAAGAGAAAGAGAAAGAGAAAAAGGAUCUGCUCAAAAAGAAAAGGCUACAUCACGUUAAUGUGAGCCUCAAACAGUUUCUUGGAAUAAAUGUAUCUGAAAGUAGACUAUAAGUAAUCACAACUGUUAACAUGUCUAAAAAUAAAUUUAGAAAACCUAAGUGGAUAUUUUUACAUUGGCUUUCACACAUGAAAGGUUCAAGUAAGUGCUCUUCGAUCAGCAGGUUCUUAACUUAACUUACUGACCUCACGAUAAUAUGAUGUGAAGUAAUCACUUUCUCUGUGGACAUGUCUCAAUUCUGCUGCUGCUUUUCCGAUCAACACUAUUCAUAAGUAUAUCCAAAUAAUUACAAACACUGUCUGGAGCUAAACAGCUGAAAGACAGUGAUGCUUUCCCACUAUUUGUCACUAGUGGUCUAACACGCUCAGAAUCCUGUCUAUUCUCUCAAUCCUUAAGCUAAAAUCACCUGUAUGCAAGACACUGCAAAUUGGCAAAUGGUGAAGUGCCUCUACCUAUAAGGGAAACAGACU